AUGAAGUUGCUAGAUGAUUGGGAGAGAGAGAAGAUUAUCCACAAGGACAAGAUAAGGAACUUCGACUUUUUGGUUGAGGGAGACUUCAUCAAAGAAGUUGCAGAUGGAUUCUACUGUCUCUGCAAGGACAUCGAGGCUGCCGAAGCCGAGCUGUGGAAGAAGGCCAACUGCGAAAUGGCUGAGCAUCUAGGGAUAGAGGACAUAAACAAGGAAGUCAAGAGAUUCAUAUCUCUUCUGAACACCUAUAACGAAGUUAAGGACAUCGGGCAGGAGCUCAUUGGGAGAAUAGCUAAUCUGAGGCAGACAACCGCAAAGGACGUCCAUGAGGAGCUGGGAAUGGAGAUGGAUCCAUAA